AUCACAAAAUUUUCUUCUCAUUCACAUGCUAAGAAAAAAUGGGCAAUUCAUUAGCAUGUUUCUCUAAGAAAAAUAAUCAAAAUACAAAAAUUAGAAAAAAAAUCAACAAAAAUAGUAUUCAUAGUAAUAGAAGAUCAUCUAUUAAUGGUCAUCGUCUUCCUAUUGUUCCACCUCCUCCAUGUAUCUCAAGAUCAACUAGUCGAAAAUCGGAUAAAAUAAUUUAUCCAAAUUCUUCGAGAAAAAUUGAUCAUGAGAGUAACAAUUUUGAUGGUGAUUAUAUUCGAGAACAAGCUCGAAUUGCAGCAGCUUUGUUGCUGCAACAUCACCAUCAAAACGGAACGUUCAGUCAAUUUGAACGUUCCGUUUCUCUUAGAGAUCCUUUAAAUUGGAAGAAAAAGAGAAAUAAUAUUGUUAUGCCAAGAAGUUCAAGUUCUCGACGUGCUAGAUCAUUAUCUGAUUCACUUCUUCAUCAGGGUACUACAAGUGUUGAAGAUUUGAAUCAUAAACAUUUUGUUUUAGUACAUGGAGGUGGUUUUGGUGCUUGGUGUUGGUACAAAACUACUACACUUCUCAAAGAAUCUGGAUAUCAAGUUGAUGCAAUAGACUUAACUGGUUCUGGUGCACAUUUUUUUGAUUCCAACAACAUUACUACUCUGUCUCAAUAUGUAAAACCCCUCAUUGAUUUCCUCGAAAAAAUCGACGAUGGUAAGAAGGUCAUAUUAGUAGGGCAUGAUAUAGGGGGAGCUUGCAUUUCUUAUGCAAUGGAAUUGUAUCCAUCAAAAGUGUCUGCAGCAAUUUUUGUUGCUGCAGCAAUGCUGAAGAAUGGACAAAGCACGCUCGAUAUGUUCUCCGUACAGCUUGGAUUGAACAAUCUAUGUCAACGCGCUCAAAUUUUUUGCUAUGCAAAUGGGAAGAAUCAGCCUCCAACUUCUAUAGAUUAUGACAAGUCAUUGCUCAAGGAGGUAUUAUUCAAUCAAACUCCUACUAAGGAUGUUGAAUUAGCAUCAGUAUCAAUGAGGCAAGUUCCUUUUGGACCAUUAACAGAGAAACUUUCACUUUCUGCAACAAAUUAUGGUUCAAUUCCAAGAUUUUAUGUCAAAACACAAGAUGAUUUUGCAAUUCCUGCAUCUCUUCAAGAAGUCAUGAUAGAUUCAAAUCAACCUGAACAAGUUUUCCAUAUUAAAGGUUCCGAUCAUUCUCCUUUUUUGUCGAAACCUCAAGCUCUUCACAAGAUUUUUAUAGAAAUUUCCAACAUUCCUCCAAAAAUGAACCUCAAAACCAUAUAAAUAAGGCUAAUUCCAUCGACAGGCAUCUAAUGUUGGCACCAUAUUUUACUAAGACACCUCGACUAAAACUUGCACCAUUUAAACACCUGUAACAGGCACAUGACGAUCCUAAUUAAAAACACAAAGGUGUCCAUGUGAAAGAUGAUAUCAACUUUAGCCCAGACAAUUCUUUUUCCAAGACAUGUUCCUAUAUAUGUACAUACCAAAUACACAAUCAUCACACAUACAUAUAGAACAAAAUCAUUUUGAUAACUUCAUAAUUCACUUUGCUUGUAUUUUUUUAAAAUUUUGACUUCAUUAUUUUCUCUCUUUUUUGUUGAAUGAGAUGACCUAUAACUCUAUCAAGAAUGGAUAACUGAGAGUUGUUCUUAUGAAACUAUGUAAAACAUUUUGUUUAACCAUAUGAAGAAAAAAAAUGUUUCAUUAGGCACUCACAA